CACCCCUCCUGUACUGGGUUUGGAAUGUUCCAGUUUAUUAUCCCAGAAAAAAUGGCGGCGAUCAGGAAAGAAAACGCUCGCCCGCCCUUCCUCAUGGCGAUUUACGUCCUCCUUUUCGCCGCUCAACUUCUCGUUUGUGGCGCUGCCAAGAGAAACGUGGUUAUUCUGACGGAAGACAACUGGGCGUCCAUGCUGGAGGGGGAAUGGAUGGUAGAAUUCUACGCCCCCUGGUGCCCGGCCUGCCGUAACCUUCAGUCCACCUGGGAGGAGUUUGCAGACUGGGGAGAGGACCUGGAGAUCCAGGUGGGCAAGGUGGAUGUGACAGAGGAGGCAGGACUAAGUGGCAGGUUUGGUGUUACUUCUCUGCCAACCAUCUACCAUGUGCUGGAUGGGGAGUUCCGUAAAUACACAGGCUCUCGCACCAAGGACGACUUCAUCAGCUUCGUGGAUGAUAAGAAGUGGGAAAAUGUGGAGCCUGUCGAGUCCUGGAAGGCUCCCAACUCAUUUCUCAUGUCCUGUGUGUCUUGGCUUUUUAAGAUCUCAAUGGCUGUCAGGACCAUACAUACCAGCAUCACAGAGGACUACGGUAUACCUGUGUGGGGCUCCUAUUGUCUAUUUGCUGCUGUCACAAUUGUCGCAGGUCUUCUCAUAGGAAUGGUGCUGGUCUUCAUCACCGACUGUCUGUGCCCAGCAGCCCCACCUAAAGGCUUCUAUGAACCGGUCCAGAUGGAGAUGCCCCCCACGAAGGUAAGGCGGGAUGACAGACCACCCACAGAGGACCAGGAGGAGGAAGAUGAGGAGGAGGAAGAGAUGGAGGAGGCAGAGGAGGGGGAUGCAGAAGAGGACAAUGAUGCCAACAUCAGGAAAAGGAGAGUGAAGGCAACAGCUGAAUAAUGCUGUACAUUUUGUUAUUUUGUUUUAUAAUAGCCGUGUGCAAUUUUCUUUUACUGAUUUUUAUUUCCCCAACUCUUGACCAAACUGGCAUUAUGUAAAAGCUGCUGCAGUACUGUUACACUGUUGGGGCGUGCACCGAUCCUGGAUACUUGUGUUUUUAAUAUGUUUCCUUUUCCUCAUCCUUCAUGACAAUUCAUUUACACGUUUUUACUUGUUCAGUGGAUUGCAAAUUUUAUAAGGGAAUGUGAGAGAUUGAAGCACAAGUGACAGAGUCAGUAAGGUUAAAAGCAAUUUCAGAUGUUGUCCAUGCUACAAUGCUACAAUGGACACUGUAGAAUUCUGGUAUAGUUGUUGCUUCAGUUAAGAAUAAUGAUCAUCAAUGGAAAACUGUUAACUUUUCUGACCAGUCAUAAGAGCCCACUACACUCUGGUGGUAGAGUAAUGUCAAAGUUUCAAAAAAGGCAAUUCAGAAAAUUAUGCUAUUAUCCCAACAUCUGUUUGGAGAUUGGUUGCUCAGGAUAUUAAGGUAGUGAAACUGCAUUGUUACAUGUAUAUUUACUAAAGAAAUGAGUAUGAUUCUGACUGGAAUCAUGUUAAAGCAACAAUUUCAGGAGAAGAUUCUUACGAUGAGGAAAAAUCUCCACCUCUUGAUUGUAAGUAUGCAUGUUUUGAAUCAUGUUUGUCCCAAGUAAUACAUGUCUGGGACUAUGCAAAUGUAUAGUUAUUUAGCCUCUGUUGUCAGAUGCUCUGAUGAUGAAUGAGAUUUGCUGCCUGAUAACAAUCUUCAUACAGUAUAUUCCAGCCCAAGAGGUCCAUUAGCAAAUUAACUUGAAUGAGUGUAUCCAUGUAACAAUAAAUGCACAAAUGUGGCUUACUUCUGAUCCAAGGGUUAGGUUCUGAGUGAGAAAUAUGUUUAGUGCAGACCUGUAUAAAAUGACAAUGUCAUGUUCAUGUCUCAUAUUGUAUGAUUACAUUGUGUUGUAUUGUCUUCUACAGUACAGUAAUUAAGGAUGUUGGACAUCCAGCUAACUAUAGGGCUGGCAUCUGACAUGCAACUACUGGGAAGAAAUGUUUGAUUUGCUUUUCUUUUACCCAAUGGAAGAAAAAUGAUAUUGCUUUGUUUCAGAUGCCAAUUGAAAGUUCAGUUUGAUACUACUUAAAGAUAUAAUGCUGCAGAAGUAUUUCUGACUACCUGUUUCAACCCAAAAGGGACAUGAUGAACAUUGAAUAGGCUUUCAUCAUUUCCUAAUACAGUGGUCUAGCAUAGCACUAAUUAAAUUUUAAAUGUUGCAUUGGAGCUUAGAGGUCAUUGUGUAGAAUGUGUAUUGAUAGAAUGUGAAGACCUAGCAGUUGCCUUACCAAUGUAAGAUUGAAGAAUUACAAUAGUCAUGCAGUUUUUAUGAUACAAGUACUACUAUUAUUAAAUGUUGGCGGCACCAUUUACAUGUAGAAAUCUGUAGAAGGAUGAGUAAGGUCACGAUGAGGUGUUCAAUUAAACACAGCUGAACAGAGCAUCCAGCAAAGUAAUACUAUUAAGCUAUGUACCGGUACUACCAACUUUGCUGUGAAGGUUGAUUGAACAUGACACUUAUAGACACAACAAUCAGGAGAGCACAGAUCAACCCACAAUGUUUCCAAAUGCAGGCUUCAACCAUCAACAUUGCUGACUGUUGUACAUGUUUGUAAUUAGACUCUUUUUUAUGAAUUAUUAAAGUGUUAUGUAACAUCCUUGGUUAUCAAAGAAGCAAAUUAAAUCAAGGACGAU